UAAAAAGUCUUUUAUUGCAUCUUGAUUGUAUUGAUACAGGAAAGCUAGAGAGAAUUUAAGUUUCAUUUUGGGAGUAAAAUAUUAGAUUAGAGGUCACCUACUCCACUUCUCACCCAAGCAGAAAUCUCUAAAACUCUCAUAAGAUGAUCUUUAAACACCUGCACACUUUCAAUGAGAACAAGCUCACAUACAUUAAUUAUAAGACAGCCCUUACCACUUCUAAAUAGUUAUGGAUGAUAGGAAAUUUCUUAUAUUGACCUGAAACCUGCCUAAUUUACACAAAUUGGCCGUUCUGUUCUAACUAUAUGAAAUAAAUCUUACUUCCUCUUUCACAUGAAACCUCUUCAGAUAUUUGAACAAACUUAUCAUGUUGCUCCACGUUGUUGCUAAACUGUGAUUAGCUAGAAUAAAUUGCUUUGUUUCCUUUUCUAAGUCUAUAACAUCUUGCAUACUCUCCCAAAUAUGUUCAAAUGAUUAGGUGCCCUUUAAAAGUGUGACUGCUAAGAGCUGAUCACAAAUGUCGGUGUGGUCUAACCAUUGCAGAGCACAGUGGGACUAGGCUCUUGCUCUGGACAUCUGCUUCUAGCUAGCAGGAGUUUAGGAUAUUUAACAUCUUUCUUGUCCCUGUUUACUAAGUUGGCUUAUUUUGUCUGAAACCCUCAGACCUUUCAUAUUUUAACUGCCUUCAGCACAUCUUCCCUAUGUGUUUCUGUGCAGUUGGCUUUUCAAAACAUAGGAUUAACUUUUAGUCACACUUGAUGUAAUUUAUUUCAUUUCAGAAAAUACCUACUUCAGUCUUGAUUCUGGUAUUCAGUGGGCAUUCUUCAUUCCAGUUUUAGUCAUCCACAGAUUGGGCAGGCAUGCAGUCUUGUCUUUGGGUCAUCAAUAAAAAUGAAACUGUGUGAAGCAACACUCUGGACUUCAAAGACAUCAUUUCAUCAUGGGACAACAAAUUUCGGAUCAGACGCAGUUGGCUCUUAACAAGUUACCAGAAAAAGUAGCAAAACAUGUCACAUUGGUUCGAGAAAGUGGCUCCUUAACUUACGAAGAAUUUCUUGGGAGAAUAGCUGAACUUAAUGAUGUAACUGCUAAAGUAGCUUCUAGCCAGGAAAAACAUCUUCUCUUUGAGGUACAACCUGGGUCUGAUUCCUCUGCCUUUUGGAAAGUGGUUGUACGGGUGGUCUGUACCAAGAUUAACAAAAGCUGUGGCCUCGUUGAAGCAUCGCGGGUCAUGAACUUGUACCAGUUUGUUCAGCUUUAUAAAGACAUCACCAGUCACGCAGCAGAAAUGCUGGCACAGAGCACUACCUCUGAAGACCCUGAUGAAAACAUGUCAUCUGAGGCAUCUUGCCAGGCUAGUCUUUGGAUGAGAAGGGCGAAGCAGCUGACUGAUGAGGAGGAAUGUUGUAUCUGCAUGGAUGGUCGAGUUGACCUCAUCCUGCCUUGUGCUCACAGCUUUUGUCAGAAGUGCAUUGAUAAAUGGAGUGAUCGACACAGGAAUUGCCCUAUUUGUCGCCUGCAGAUGACUGGAGCAAAUGAAUCUUGGGUGGUGUCAGAUGCACCCACUGAAGAUGAUAUGGCUAACUAUAUUCUUAACAUGGCUGAUGAGGCAGGCCAGCCUCACAGACCGUGACCUUGGGGGUGAAGUGUUUUGUUGCUAUUGUGGGCUGCAAGCACUUGGUCACGGGGAAAGAAUGCAGGGAUGUUGUGGCGCAGGCACCGAGAACUCAAUUUUCCCUGCCCUCUUAUUUUCACUUUUCUGACAAUUUCUCCCAUUUCUUUUGAUAAACUUUUCAUGUCUUCCAUUUGUGGUAAACUAAAAUUUGCUACUGUUUUAGACCAUAUUUUUCUAUUAUUUAUCUGCUCUAAUAUAGCAUAUUAGAACUAAUUGCUCUUGAAUCCUUUGCUGAGAUAACAGCAACAUUUCCA